AUGACGCCCGCCGCGGGCCUCGAGACGCCGGAGGUGCUCGCGCAGCUCGGCGCCGCGAGCGCCGUCGCCUGCGUCUACACCUUCAUUUGCCACGCUUUCCUCCCGCGGCGCGAGUUCCACGGGUCGCCGCUCUACAACUGGCUGAGCUGCCUGCCGAUCCAGUUGGUCGGCUUCCCGCUCGUCGUCUCCCUCGCCGUCGGGAGCUUCGACGGCGGCGCCGUCGACUGGGUCGCGGCGCCGUGGAGCGCCAUGGACGGCACCUGGGAGCGCGCCUACCUGCUCCUCAUGUGGGGCUACCUCUUCAAGGACUGCGCGCUCUACGCCGUCGGCGGCGGCAUGGACGCCAUGUACUGGGCGCACCACGUCGUCUGCUGGGCGACGGUCUUCAACUUCUUCUACACGGAUCUCUGCGCCAUCUUCCUCGUCGGGGGCUCGGCCAUGGAGUUCGGCGGAGCGUCGCAGACGCUGCACCUCAUCUUCGCCGAGUCACAGCUCAUGGACAAAGUCCACGUCUUCACGAUGACGGCGAGCCACGUCGUCGCCUGCGGCAUGGCCGUCUACUACCUGUCGCUGCCGGCGGCGCCCCUCGCGGCGCGCCUCGUCUUCGGCACCGUCGUCUUCGGGCUGUCCUUCGAGCGGCAGAAGUACGCCAUGAAGCUCCACCGCGAGGCCGCGGACCGCUUCGCGAAGCGCGCUUAA